AUGCUACAGAGAAUUCUAAUCACACUUCUAAGAAGGAAAGACAGUAGUCAAGUGACUCUGGUGACAAAUGUACUGGAUGAAAGUAUAUUAGGUAAAAGUAUAUGCUUGAGGUGGAACAGAGAAUCAAGAAAGAAGGUUUCCAUACCACAGCCUUCCCGUGUACAGGAAUAUAAUCAUCACAUGGAAGGGGUGGACUUUUUUGACAAUCAACGAAGUCUAUACCGCAUUCGAAUAAGAUCAAAGAAAUGGUACUGGCCAAUGAUCAGGCUCUGCCUAAAUGGUGCUGUUGUGAAUAUGUGGAUCCUAUACAGGCAGCUAAAUAACAAUGCAAGCUUACUGGAAUUUACCAGACGUAUUGCACUUUCAAUUCUGACUUCGCCCAACACUGAAAAGCCAAGAGGUUUGAGGCCAAGAUUUCUGUCACAGGUGCAAGAAGACAUAAGUUUUGAUCAUGCUGGGCACAUGAUUGAUGUGCAGAGCACAUAA